AUGCCUAGAAAACUGCAACGACUUCGAGAUCAUGACAUAAAUCCCUGCCUUGUGGUAAGAAUGUGAAUUGUAGUAAACAGAUUCUUUUUGUUAGUAUUAUUAUGUAGUUUGAAGCUUGCAAGUUAUUUCAGUUGGCUAUACACUAUUAGGCAUUUUAAAACAUUGGAAUAGUUUUUGUAUUCUUGUAAAGUUCCAUAAAUAGAACCAAUUUGUUGCCAUCUGUCAAAAAUGCAAAUGUACACCAGGAUGCCUUCUUAAGUACAAACUAGUACAGAAUUGUUUGUCACUAUAAAUAUUUUCCUUUUCAUUAAUAAGGUAUUUAAAAUUUGUUAUCAAAAAUACCAGCCAGCUGGAGAACAACGGAUGCAUACGUAAAGAAUCAAGAUUUUUUUUGGUUCAAGCCACACAGUCUUGAUAUUUUUCUGUCUUGUAGUUUGAGGUACUGAUUUCAUCUGACAACACUGAAUCAUUAAAUAGUUCACCAGAGAAUAGGAUUUAUUGUAUUUAACAAGUACAUAUGUCCUAAUUGUACAUUUUUGAGACAAGUCAAAGGGAGAAAGAAAGAUAAUCACAUCUGUGGUCCUUAAAAAACCACACCCCAAACACCUAUUAGUCCUAGGAAGGAACAUAGUGAUCCUUCAUCAUUCAUUGCAAAUGAGUGAAACAGAGCCAUUUUUCUCCUACUCCGCAUUCUGUACUAACUUUUUUCUUUGUUUUGUACAGUUGUUUUUUACAAACUUUAAUGUGGGGGAUAGGAUCCCAUUAAAUUAUAUAAUCAGUUUAAGGCAUUCUUAGUAUUAUAUGGUCUGAAAUACAGAAUGAUUUGAUUUCUUGUGUGCCUGGUAGGCAGAUUGGAUGAUCCCCUGGGUUAAUAAGUUUUGGUGGUUUUUUGUUUUUUUUAAACAACCAUCACUCUUGCAUUUGCAAUGUAUUUCUUGGCACAGAUUGUUGGGGUUUUUUCCAUUUGGGAAGUAACUUAGAGGCAUCCUGACUGCUGUUAAUGACCUUCAUCUAGAUGGCUGAGCACCAAUCUAUUUGAACUUAAAACUGCAAAGCAGUUGAGAGUCCUUUCUUCAUAAGCUUCUCAAUUUCAGGGUAAUCCUAAUGGGCAUUUCUCUCUUAGGUGUAGCAUGACUUGCGUUCUUCUAAAUAUGCUUAGGAUUGCAGUUUUGAACCAAUCUUCUGAGGAAGCAAAAUGAGUACCACUUAGUUCGUACAUACAGAAUUUCAGCUUUGUUGUUCAGCAGCAUUUCAACCAGUAUGUGUGGCAUUUAAAACAUGUGGGAAGUUAAUAUUUGUCCCCUAUUGGCUUUUUAAGUGUAUCUUGUUUCAUAUUCAAGGAAGCAGAUGCCUCUAGCAAAUGUAUGGAUAAGAAUAACUACAAUAGAGAUGCGUGCACCCUGUACUUUUUAAAAUACAAGAGCUGCAAAAAGUUUUGGGUAAGUAGGCUAAUCACACUGUAAUCAGAAUGUUUGUGGUUAUCCGUGGUAUUUUUUAUAUCUGAACUUGCAAGAUCAUGGAAAUGGGUUUAGCACUUUAAUUAGGCAUUGAUCCUGGAAAAGCUGGCAAUUUUAGCGAGGCAAGAUAUUUUAAACACAAUUAUGAUGGUGAUACUCACAUAAUCCAAUUUCUAGAAUUUAGAUGCAGACCCCAGUCCCAAUAAGAGUACAAGAGUUGCCUUACCCUAGGCCUGCAGGAGCAUAUGCUUUUGCAGCCAACUUGAGAAAUAGAUCAAAACUAGAUAGCAUUGACUUCAUGUGAGACAGUGGACUCACAAAGUAGAGCUAGCCGGAUGCUGUUAUUCAUUACAGCAACAACACUAUUUCCAUCUUUGCCCAGGUAGUAGCUCCUCAAGCUGACAUCCUUGCUAAAGCUGCUAGCACAUCUCUAGCUCUUCCUUGGUAGUAAACUAAAUGCCUAUGUAUGGCUAAAGAGGGAAAGUUAAGGCCCAGUGCUCUCUAGGCAGUUCUAGGAAGUGCAAACAGUCCAGUUCAGAUUUGUGCAAGAAAUCAUUUCAGGACCACGUUCCAUUUCCAAACUGCUCGAUCGUUGCUAGUGUGGAUCAUUAACAGUUCACUUGAUUGAAUUUCACUUUAGAUAUCUGAUACCAUUCUCCUUUAACCUGCUUCGCUUUGAAUCAGUCUUUGCCAUCUUAAUGGGCAUAGCUAUGCAGGAAGUUCACGACUAUUUUGAGUUAACAUGACUUCUCCAACUUUAGACUCUAAUUAAGUGAAAUAUUUUUAGCAGAGAAAAUGCUGCUUUUAAAUUAGCAAAUACAUUGCAUUUUAUGUGCAAACUGGUUUUGGUAGGUUGUCCCCUUGUACCUUUGUAUUGCAGCAUAAUUCUUGUAACCCAGUGAAACAAGUAGGGGAAAGUUGCCAAUAUAUCAACUUUGAAGACAGCUAGACUUCCAGUUAUCUAAAUAUUUAAAAUACUUAUUUUGCUAAUAAUGAAGAUAAUUUAAUUCACUGCCACACUGAUUCUCUGUAUUUCUAGAAUGGGAUCAUGAUGCAGAGAAGAAAAGAUGGAAUCAAACCAGAUAUGCCUACAGCAGAAGAGAGAGAGAAGAUCCUGGCAUCAAUUGGAAGAAUACCAUACUGA